AUGGCCAGCGUUGACGAUAUAUUCAAGAACUCUGGUGUCCCCAGCAAGAGGAAGCUCGAAGCCAUUAAACAUCCAAAUGAAAUCUACAAAGUCAGCAAACUCAGCGUCGAAGAUGCAGGCCGCGGCGCCCACGUCCGCGCCCAGCCCGGCGACGACCAAGAUUUCGGCCCCGCCAUGCCGCCAGACGACGAGGACGAAGCCGGCGAUGACGAGGAAGGCCGCUUCUUCGGCGGCGGCAUAAGCAAACAAGAGUCACAGAUCCUCGACUUCGUCGACGAGGCAGGCGAUGCGGCCCGGGCCCCAGACAAGGUUGACGCGACGUGGUUGCGCAAGACGGUCCUCAACUUUGAAAAGCACAUCACCAAAAACGCCGAACUGCGAGCCAAACACGCGGGCGACCCGCAAAAGUUCAUCAGCAGCGAGGCCGAUCUCGACGCCGACAUCAAGAGCCUGUCCAUCCUGUCAGAGCACCCAGAGCUGUACCCGGACUUUGUGAAGCUAGGCUCCGUCAACAGCCUCGUUGGCCUGCUGGCCCACGAAAACACAGACAUCGCCAUAGACUCUAUAGAAAUCAUCGGCGAACUCACCGACGAGGACGUGUCGGCCGAAGACGACCAAUGGAACGCCCUGGUGGACGCACUGAUCGAGGCAGACCUCGUGGGGCUCCUCGUCUCCAAUUUCUCACGGCUCGACGAAGACGACGAAGCAGACCGCAACGGCGUAUACUAUGCCCUCGGGGUAAUCGAAAACCUCUGCUCCCGGACCGCCACCGCUACGCGGAUAUGCCAGGAGGACAGUCUGCCGGAAUGGCUUCUGCGACGAGCCCAGCGCCAGGAGCCCGUCGUCACUCAAAACAAGCAGUAUGCUGCUGAAAUCCUCGCCAUACUAGCUCAAGCGUCUCCGGAAAACUGUCUACAGCUAUCCAAGCUCGACACAAUCGACAACCUCCUCCAGCUAGUGGCUGCCUACAGAAGGCGAGACCCCGACAAGGGUGGCGAGGAGGAGGAAUUCAUGGAGAACCUCUUUGAGGCAUUGACAUGUCUCGUCGACCAGCCCUCGGGCAAGACCAAAUUUCUAGCCGCGGAAGGCGUAGAGCUAUGUUUAAUCAUGCUGAAAGACGGCAAGAUGAGCAAAGCGCCCGCACUACGACUACUAGACCAUGCCGCCGGGGGUGCAACCGGCGCCGAAGUGUGUCUCAAGAUUGUGGAAGCAGGCGGUCUGAAGGGUGUGUUCACAUUGUUCAACAAGACCAAGGACCAUCGGCUGCUAGCCCACCUGAUGAGCAUGUUUGCAUCCAUGCUGCGCCUGCUACCCGCUUCGUCGGCCGAGAGGAUACGCACGCUGGCCAAGUUUGUGGAAAAGGACUACGAAAAGACGGCCAAGAUGGUCAGAUUGCACAGGGAGUACCUGUUGCGGGUGAGGCGGGCCGAGGAUGGGUUCGCGCGACAAGACGCAACGGAUGAGGAGGAGGCCGAGAUUGCGCUGCUCUCUCACAGACUAGACGCGGGCUUGCACACCUUGCAGCAGAUUGACGCCGUGCUCGCAUGGCUGGUGGCCGAGGACGCGGGCGCAUCCAGAAAGAUCAGGCAGCUCCUCGCCGAGCAGGACGAGGACUUCCCCGUCCUCGCGGGCAUCCUGUCCGAACAACAGCGCGGGCUUGACACCUCGGCAGAGGACAGCAAGGACCUCAGCGACAUGCUAGGGACGCUCAUCCAAUUCCUGCAAAUUCAGAAUGCCAACGCGCCCGGGCCAGUAGUGUAG